AUGUCGGAUACUUCAGGAACAGUGAAACCCGCCAAGCGUGGAACACGGAAUUCUCUUUCGUGUGCGCAAUGUCGCUACAAACACCUUCGCUGCGAUGGCCGCAAGCCUGUCUGUUCACGCUGCGCUGCAAAUACAGUACAAUGCAUUUAUCCUCCCUCGCGCCGACGUGGAAAUCCAAAACCGGGGAACCCCGCACUGUCGCCUGUCAAAACUGUCCAUGAGAACCAGGAUGACCCAUCACUGCAGACUUCCACUAUCUCUUCAUCCUCGUCCGCUGUUAACAACGGGGAGAUUGAACCAUCUUCCAACUCAGCAUCCUCAUUUCUGAGUUUGUAUUACGAGUUCUUUCAUGCAGCUCACCCUUGCGCCUUGCCUUUCCAGGUUCUUAAGACUCGUCUGAAUGAACCGGAAAUUCAGCCUCUCCUUCAAGUCAUGUGUUAUAUUGGAUCUAUUUUUGAUAUUUCCUGUCCACCUAAGUUGUCAAAAUCUUGGGCCAAACGUGCUGAGGACUCAGUGGCCGAAAUUCGGUCAUCACCCCGGCCUCUUACGCCAUUUGAUAUUCAAGCUCUUCUACUUUAUUCUAUCGCUGUCUACUGGUGCAAUGAAACGGAAAGUGGCGUUGGGCUCCUUGGCGAAGCAAUUCGCAUAGGAGUAGCCCUUGGAAUGAACAAGAAGGAAUUCGCCCAAAACUACGCGGAAGCCGAUUCCAUACUUGAGGAAAGUUGGCGCCGCACUUGGUGGGUAAUCUAUAUCACCGAUGCCCACAUCGCCGGAUCUACCCACACGUAUCCAUUCCGAACAAGUGGCAUUGAAAUCACCACCGACCUUCCUUGUGAGGAAGAACAGUACGAAAGAGGGGCUAUCCCACCCUCACGAUCCCUAGAAGAUUACGACAAUAGGGAGUUCCUUAGCGAAGAUGAAACUAAUUUUUCCUCGUACGCGGAGCUUAUUGGAUUGACCCGCGGGAUUGAUCGGGCCUUGUCUCCUGGCAACACGGCAGAUGAUCGAAUAUAUACCACUAUGGCUGCUAGCUCUGACACUACUGUUCGAGCAUGGUGCUCUCUUCUUUCUCCGGAAAAGAGGGAAUUAAUACGUCCCAAUGGAUCAUUUGAUGAGGUCAUGUUCAAAGCAUUCUUCAUUAUGCACACAUACACUGUUGAAAUCCAUCGGCCGCUGUCAGCGUUGACUCACAGUGCAAUUGAAUCGGUAUCGCGUUGUGCUCCAUUGGCUCCGUCUGAACAACUAAAGUGCAACAACGGAAAAGAACGUGACCUUCAUACUGUCAAAUGCACUCAGGCUAUCAAUAGCAUUGAUGAACUAUUGACUCUGCCAACUAAUCUGAAGACCCAUUCUCCGUUCAUCAUUUGCAUGAUUGCCAAUGUGACCAUUGCACAUCUAUCGGCUUGCAGGUUUAUUUUUUCGGGCGAUCAGCGAGCUAAAGGUCGGGAGAAGAUUCGUUUGACAAUGGGUACUUUGAAGCGUCUAAGUGAGCACUGGACCCUGGGCAAACGGACCUACCGUGAAAUUGGAAUUGUCGCCCGAGAAUUGUUAUCUCUCUCAAAGGACCCUCCGACUAGUUUGGGUGCCGUUGAACUGUCCCUAGAUCCAACAUCGCCUGCAUUCCCGGAAUUGGACAUGUUACCCAACUCCAAUUUUGACUUUUGUGCAUAUUUUGAUGCGGAUGCUCCUGGUCUAACCGAAACAAGUUCAUUUAUGUUACAAUAG